AUGCUGCGCCACGUGCUGUGUGUGUUGGCCCUCGCGCUGUGCUGCUGCGCCUCAUCGUGGGCGGUAGAAACAGGUACACCUGAGCGCACAGUUGCAUUGAAGCUAACGAAUGGCGAAGCGAAGAUAACGCUGACGGAGACAGUUGAUGACAGCAGCUGCACAAAGCAGAUAGCCGCAGCUGAGGGAAAGAGCAGCGAUGCUGUCGUUACUACUGCGGUUACUUUGAAGAAGAAGGAUGAAUCCGGAAAGAGAGAAGAUGUUCCGCAUGAAUCUUCUUUGAUAGUCAAAGUCCCCGAUGGGUACAAAUUAACGCUGGUGACCACAUUGGUUGCUGAAUGUGCCAAAAAAAGUGAAGAUGCGUCUGCGUCCACUGCAAUAAGCUGCCAAGAGGCGGUGGGUGCAACUUCUGACACCUACACCAUCACCUAUGAGGCCACUACGAAGUCCACUGCUUCUGGCCAGACUGCUGCAAAUAUUCCGGAGACAGAAAACAAUAAUGUAAAGGUUCAAGUUGGACGCGAUGUGAAACUCGUUGCGAAGGUCGUUGCAACAUGCGCUGCUGUAUCCGUGACUCAAUCAUCAACACUCCCCACAAAGACCAUAACUCCUGGCAGAGGACAAGGGGAAUCCCCUGAUGGCAACGGCCCUGGCAACACUCUUACCAAAACAAAUACUCAUCUAUCCAAGCAAAACCCUAACACGGCAGAGCCAGACAUCCUGAAGACUCAGGGUGGACAGAAGCCUCAGCAACCCAACACUCCAGUGGGUGACUCCCCCACGGGAGUUCCAGAGUCAACUGGUCAAGAUGAUGCCGGCGAACCUGGCCGUGGUGUAAGCAAAGGCGUCACCGCUCCAACUUCCAGCGAGGCAGAGAGCACAGAAGCAGACAACUCCGUCCCAGUGAAUGACGCCGAUCACACUGCCCCCACAGCCACACCUCAAUCAGGGACCACCACCGAAGGGGCUCCCAAAACUGACGCCGGUAUGUCCACCUCUGCGGGAGAGGGCGUGAAGCUUCCUGACCGCAACACCGACGCCAGCAGCAGCAGCACUGCGUGGGUGCGUGCCCCACUGUUGUUGCUGCUUGCCUGCGUGGCCGUGUGGUAA